GAUAGUGUGGCCGUCCAUCCAAUAAACCUCUACUCUCCCCUCCCCGACCCCUGCGGCGCUCCCGAAGUUGGACACGGGAGACAAAACCCGGCGGCGUGGAGGACUAUGAAUGGUAAAGCACCGAGGAGGCCGAGGGAGAGCAAAGAGGAGGCGGUGUGCCUUUGUAGUCGGGGAGGAAUGCGGAAAUGUCCCCGCUCCGUGUCAAACCUCUCUGAAGGGGGUCAGGCCACAUUCAGCCGGCGUGGGAAAGCCAGGCGGAGACGGAGCUCACACGGCGGAGCGGGGCUGCUGCUGCAUGGGCCUGUUUGGGGAUAUACGGAAGAAAAGACGGGGGAAAUCUAAAGAGGAGCGUGGCUUUGGAGGGCUUGUAUCACGCGUUUGCCUUUGUCCUGCGUACCCCACACCCCCCCACCAGCCCCUCCAGUUGUAGCAGUGUGUGCGUGUUUCGUACAACCCUCCUCCUCCGCCUCCUCCAGUUUGAGUGUCCCUGCCUGGGCUGGUGCAGUUUGAGGGAUGGGGGGUUAGAGCAUGCACCGUCCAACUACCUGUGUGGCCCCCGCAUGGAGGACAGUGGACAGGGAUGCGUUUGAGCGACCACAUUUUUGUCGGAGACACGAGUGCCUCCUCACGUUUAUCGGACAUGCCGACGUUGCGACACAUUAUUGACAACACAAAACGAGGCAUGGCAUGUGCCAACUUUUUGCUCUGACUAUGGCUUGGUGAGAAAAGGCUGGCUCCGUCACCCUCGCUGGGAAUCCCCGUAAUAUUUUCGACAAGACGAGGAAAAAAAUAAGCAAAAAUGGACAAAGAAGCUGGUGGUACGCAGUAUGAACCCGUGGCCGAGAUUGGAGAAGGAGCUUAUGGAAAAGUGUACAAGGCGAGAGAUUUGAAGAACGGGGGACGCUUUGUAGCCCUCAAAAGAGUUCGUGUUCAGACUGAGGAAGAGGGGAUGCCACUGUCGACCAUCCGGGAGGUGGCGGUACUGAGGCAGCUUGAGGCAUUUGAGCAUCCUAAUGUUGUCAGGCUUUUUGAUGUGUGUACAGUGUCUCGGACUAACCGUGAAACCAAACUCACACUGGUCUUUGAGCACGUGGAUCAAGACCUGACCACCUACUUAGAGAAGGCCCCUGACCCCGGCGUACCGCCAGAAACCAUUAAGGAUAUGAUGUAUCAGCUGCUCCAGGGGCUGGACUUCCUGCACUCGCACCGCGUGGUUCACCGUGACUUAAAACCGCAAAAUAUCCUGGUCACCAGCGGAGGACAGAUCAAACUCGCCGACUUUGGUCUCGCCCGCAUCUACAGCUUCCAAAUGGCGCUCACCUCUGUGGUGGUGACACUGUGGUAUCGAGCUCCAGAAGUGCUGCUGCAAUCCAGUUACGCCACCCCGGUGGACCUGUGGAGCGUAGGAUGCAUCUUUGCUGAGAUGUUCAGGAGAAGACCUCUGUUUCGUGGUAACUCAGAUGUUGAUCAGCUGGGAAAAAUCUUCGAUGUUGUCGGGGUCCCUUCGGCAGAGGACUGGCCUCAGGAGGUGGCCCUACCACAGAGUGCCUUCACCCCACGGCCUGCUAAACCAAUAGAAGACUUGGUUCCUGACAUCGACGAGCAAGGGCGGGCCCUCUUAUUGCAAUUCCUCGCCUUCAACCCCUCCAGGAGGAUAUCUGCAUUCGCCGCACUUACCCAUCCUUACUUUCAAAGUGUGGACAGCCUCAGUAGAAGUGUGUAUGCCGCUCAGCCUAUCCCCACCAACAAACCCACUAUUGAGGAGAGGACUGCCUGAGAGUCCUUGCUGUCUCCGGGGAGGAGAGGAGGGUGGGGGGGGGCAUUCACCCAGCCACUCUUUGAUCUUAAUCAUGCUUGACUGUAGAAUGAAAAGUGCUUCAGCUAUACAUUUCCUGUAAAGAGCGCUAAAUUGAAAUAUAUAAAACACAAAAUGAUGCAAGCUACCUUUUUAAAAAUGAGUCUAAAUCUAAAUUCUCUUGUACCCUUGACUUUUCAUCCUGCAGGUGCAUCGUUGUGUGUUUUAUAUUGUCAACUUUUUCACUGUGAUUCCUUGCGGUAUAUAUGUGAACUAAACAUGAAAGAUCAGGUGGUGGGUGUACUUCAACCAACCAUUCUCGGGAGUGUACUCGGAAAGAGGUAGUUGCUAGGAACGAGUACCCCCCCCCCCCCCCCGCCCUGGAAAUGCACAAAAAGCUAUCCCCCCCAUCCAUGAACUGAUGGAUUUUGAAAUUGCUGCUUUUUUCGGUUCUGAAAAUGUUGAUGAUCGACUACAUUAUCAAUGCAAAGACGCUUAUAUCUCUGAUUUGACUUGGAACGAAUCAUGAAGCGGCGGCCAUUACGGGAGCAGCCCGGACGCUGGACUUGUGAUUCGCUAUGAAACCCAAGCAACGGUCACAGAUAUGAACACAACCAGUGUGUCUCCACUGAUGCUCCUGAAGAGUCAUGACUAACUGCCACUUAACUGCCGACGUCAUUGCAGCUCUUACAAUUCUUUUACUGCCACCCAGAGGAUGCGCUGAGCAACUGCAGACCAGUAGCAGGAUUCUAAUGGUUUUUUUUUUUUGCAUCUCUGAAUGACUUUGGGGUCAAGCACACUUAUCAUCAUGGUGCUGAGGCAAUGAUGACACGCAGGAAAAGUUCUUGCCACUCCCUUGAUGUUUCUGACAUGCUGUUAGUCAGCCAUUAAGGUCUGUUAUAAUCAUUAAUACUCAACAGUAAUAAUACAUAUGCUUGCAAUAAGGUGGCUUGAGUCCCACCAGCACCAUUCAUCAAUACAUUUGGCUUAGAAGUAUGCUACCAAUAGUCUGUAUUUAAGUUUAAUGUUAUUGAUAAGUCUUAUAUGCAUUUUUUUUUUAAAAUAAGUGGCGUACUUGAUUUUUAAGAUGCUGGGGCAUGAAAUAUCCUUACAACUCGAGAAGAUGGCAGAACCUGUGUAAGGAUGGUUUGACAAUGUAAGGAAUGUAUAAAAGGGUAGAUGACUGUUUUGUACUGUUUUGUAGUGCAGCAGUAAUUCUAGAAAAGCCCAUAGAAUUGUCAAAAAAAAAUGGAUAGAUGUAGCGUAGUGAUGGUCAGUGGAAUGUUGUAUGGCAAGAGUAUUUUGUGUGUUGAAAAUUUUUCGGCGGGUUUUGCGGGUGCUUGUUGAAUUUCCUUCAUCAAAUUUGUGUUUUUUUUUUUUUUUUAAAUGAUGCACAAAUAUCUUUAAAAAAUGUAUUUUCCUCCAUUAUUUUACAGGCACGUCCCGCCGUUGUUCAAUUUUAUUUUUUUACACCAGCAUAAAAGAAAAGAAAAGCGCAGAGAUGUAUUUUUCUAUGUAGUGGUUCUUGCAGAACAGUAACAUAUAACACUGGUUUACUUUCUCUUAACUGGUCGUGCUGCUAGCACACAUACAUACACACACACACACACACACACACUUUCUCAGGUUUUUUUUUGGUAUGGAUGUCCAAACCUUUCGCACAUGUUUGCACAUCCUCUGGCGACUAACUCACCACAUCCCAACUCCUUCAGGUUCUUUCUUAAAACUGUUCAAUGAUCAUGCCAUUGAUCAUAUUCUACUGCCAUUCCUAUUUAUCAGAUAUGUUACUGUAGUCAUGACUGUCUGAAGAUAACUGCCUGUAUGAACUGUUUUGUCACAUUUAAUUGCUAUGUGGCAAACUGUCAUGUACAUCCACAAAUCAUUAUCAGCUUGACUAAGCACUGUGUGAACUUCCUCUCAUAUCUGGUGUCGGUGACAAUGCAAUGAAAGCUCGAAAAUAUUUUAGGCAUAGACUUUUACAGUUUUUUUGGUAAUGACUGCUUUAGUCUUUUAAACUUGAUACAAUCACUGUGUAUAUAUAUAUAUUUUUUUUUAGCCAGUAACAGUAUCACAUUUCAAAUGUAAGUCCAACUGAAGUCCACGGUUGAGCUUUUUAGAGGUUUCGCUCCUUUGAAACUAACAAGCUUGGUCCAUCAUGUAACUCCAAUCACACACAUGUUCCUUUGUCACUUUUUCUAGCACAUCAAAUUGGGACUAGGAACAAAACAAUCAUGGUAUUAUAAUUGUAUGAAUGCAGGAAUUGGUGUCUUAUUAUUGUGUUACACCAGUUGAAUAAA